AUGGCUCCUGUCUCGUUACCUCCAGGUUUCAGAUUCCAUCCGACGGACGAGGAGCUAAUUACUUACUAUCUAAAAAGAAAGAUCAACGGUCUAGAAAUCGAACUUGAGGUUAUCGCUGAAGUUGAUCUCUACAAGUGUGAGCCAUGGGACUUACCAGGGAAAUCCUUGCUUCCGAGCAAAGAUCAAGAAUGGUACUUCUUCAGCCCACGGGACCGGAAGUAUCCCAACGGUUCAAGGACAAACCGGGCAACCAAAGGAGGAUACUGGAAGGCCACGGGUAAAGACCGCCGGGUUAGUUGGAGAGACCGAGCCAUUGGAACCAAGAAGACAUUGGUUUACUACCGUGGACGCGCACCACAUGGUAUUAGAACCGGUUGGGUCAUGCAUGAAUACCGACUCGAUGAAACCGAAUGCGAGCCUUCGGCAUACGGCAUGCAGGACGCAUAUGCACUUUGUCGUGUGUUUAAAAAGAUUGUGAUUGAAGCUAAGCCAAGAGAUCAGCAUCGGUCUUACGUCCACACGAUGUCGAAUAUGAGCGGCAAUUCGAGUUUUGACGCUUGUUCGGAUCUAGAGAUCAGUUCAACUACUCAUCAAGUCCAAAACGCAUUCCAACCUCGAUUUGGAAACGGGCGUUUUAACUCAAACGCAAUCAGAAACGAAGACUGGUCACAAUACUACGGUUCUUCUUAUGCACCGUUCCCUACUCCAUAUAAGGUUAAUAAUGAGAUAGAAUGCUCAAUGUUACAACACAACAUAUCCCUACCACCAUUGCGUGUAGAGAACUCUGCGAUUAGCGAUUGUGAUUUCUUCACGAGUAUGACUCGCAACAACGAUAAUGGCGUUUCGGAGGACUUCACUUUCGCUGCAAGUAACUCCAACCUUUAUAAUAACAUUGAUGAUCAAGUGAUACACAUUGGUAACUAUGAUGAACAAUUAACAAUGUCAAAUCAUCAUAUGAACCAGGGUUUCACCGAAGAGCAGAGGAUCAUAUCGUGUUUGGAUGAUACUGAACAAGAUCUUGGAUUGCAUGGAAACAAUAUCAAUAAUAACAUAGAUAUCGAUGAAUUUUUCUCGUUUGAUAUGUAUAACGAGGAAAAUGGAAAUCGUAUCGAAGACAAUGAAGAUGUGAAUACAAAUGAAACCUUAGAUUCAUCGGGAUUUGAGGUGGUUGAAGAAGAAACUAAGCUUAACAACCAAAUGCUCAUCUCCACAUAUCAAACAACGAAGAUUCUAUAUCACCAAAUCGUACCUUCUCACACCUUGAAAGUUCACAUCAAUCCUAUUAUUCACAAUGUGGAAGAGAGGACAUUGUUCAUUGAAGAGGACAAAGAGUCUUGGUUAGUAAGAGCUGAGAAGAUCACGAAGACAAAACUAACACGUCUUAGUUUACUGGCUCAGCAAUAUUACAAAUGUCUUGCGAUUUUUUUCUAA